AUCAGGGGCUGCUGCUCUAGGCUCAUCUGCUCCGUGUAUGCAGGACUCUGCUGUCACAUGACCAUUAUCACAGGUCCUUCAAUCACAAUCUCUUCUAUCCUGCACUGUUGAGCUCCGCCCACUACUGUCACAUGAUCCUCCCCACAGGUCCUUCAGCCACAGUCACAUCUAAACUGCUAAACUUCGCCCCCAAAUGUACUGGUCACAUGAUUGUGACAUCAUCACAGGUCCUACACCUCCAGCAUGUAGCAGAUACAGAGCAGGUCCUGGUGGGGCAGUCACUGCUGUUGUGUGUGGAGAUCUCUCAGAGCGGCAGCCCCUGAUCAUGUGACUCCUCCUCCAUGUGACUGAUCACAUGACGGUGACAUCAUCGCAGGUCCUGUAAGCACACGGCUCCUCUACAGAUACAGGUUUCUCCAAUCCAGGAUCCUCUGCUGAUAUCUUCUAUAUAAGAGAAUUCUCCUGGAUGACCCAUCAACCAUGGAGAGAGACAGGAACAAGAUGGCCGACAGGAUCAUAAACCUCACCCUACAGAUACUCUUCCGGCUUACUGGAGAGGAUUAUACAGUAGUGAAAAAGUCCUCUAGUGGGCGCUGUCGGGCCCCUGUGUGUGAAGGAUGGGGAAGAACCCUGAGCCCAAUCCCGGGGCCCCCACCUCACUCCCUGAUACAUAAGGAAAUGGAUGAACAGAAAAUCCGAGAACUCAUCAACAAGAUGAUGGAGCUGCUGACUGGAGAGGUUCCUAUAAGGUGUCAGGACGUGGCGGUCUAUUUCUCCAUGGAGUAGUGGGAGUAUGUAGAAGGACACAAGGAUCAGUACAAGGAUCAGGUCAUGAUGGAGGAUCAGCAGCCCCUCACAUCACCAG